CUAACAGAUUUGGAUUUACAUGUUGUUUUACCUAACUGAAACUAAAUUGACAUGCUGUUUUGGAGUGUGGCCUUGAGGUUGGUGAUAUUGUUGUCUAUUGCUGUGGAUUGGCCUCGAGUUCUCUGGGCUUAUAAGGAGGCUGCCCCGUUGCUGGGUGGGCUCUGAGUUAUCACUUUUAGUUGCUGCUAAAUGGGGCAAGGAUCAUGACAUGGCAGCAGGUUCAAUAUUGCAUUAGGAAUAGGAGCUGAGCUAUGCAUAUGUCAGUUUGUUUAAUUAGAUGUAUUCUUCAUAUGGAAGCAGUGUUCACUGGAAUCUGUGUCAAUGGCUGAGGGUGGUCUGGGCAUGGUUGCUGCUGUGAUGGUCUCUGGUGUGCUAUGUUGUUGCAAAAUUAAAAUGGUAAUAGAGCUGCUUGAGGGCAUUCAUUUUGUUUCUUCUGUGGAGGCCAUUUCUCUUGGUGCCCAAGCUGGUAUUCAUCCAUGGAUAAUUUAUGACAUUAUUUCUAAUGCUGCUGGAAAUUCAUGGGUUUUCAAGAAUCAUGUUCCCCAGUUGCUAAGGGAUAAUCAAACCAAACAUCUCCUGAAUACUUUGUUCAAAAUUUGGGUAUUGUUUUGGAUAUGGCCAAAUCAUGUACAUUUCCUCUUCCACUUCUGGCAGUUGCUUUUCAACAUCUAAUAGCAGGUAUGUAUCUGCAUGA